GCUCUUCUUCUUCUUUCUUCCCGCUGCAGCCACCCGAAGGAAAAAAAAAGGGGAACCCAGCCAUGCUUGAGAAACUAGUGAGAUAAGCUUGGUUUUCUCCUUCCUUUCUUGCUCUAGAACACACCUAGAACCCAGAAAUCUCUCCCCCUUUGCUGGAAAAGCCGGAUCUGCCCUGCUCUGCUUUGUCCUUCCGCCGGCUGCUCUUGAUUGUGGGUGAUUUCUGGGCAUAUUUUUCGUUCCGUGAGUUUCUCCCCUGCAAUUCCUGCCGGCUCCUCCCCCAGCCAAGCUCGGUUUCUGCAGCUGGAAAUUCUGGUUCCCGAUCGUUCUGUCAGUUUAGUACGUGAAUUGAGUGCUCGGUUUUGCGGAGUGAGGAAAUGAAACCGAGGACGGGGAAACCACGGGAAGUGACGAGUUAGAAGGCUAGCUAUUUCGAAAUUGAUUUAGAUUCUAGAGAUCGUGAUCUUGUAAGCUAGAGUGUAUUUGGAGAUUUAGGAUAUCAGAGAGAUUUUAUAAUUUGAUCUUCAGAUUUUGAUGGUAUCAGAGUAUGAAUAUGAUAAGUUCCGAGCCUCGUGCAUUUGUGGGAUCCGUCUCACGAGUGCACGGCGUCUGUCACGUCUCGAAAUUGGGUUUUGGGGCGUGACAUAGAAUAAUUUAGCAUUUCCUUACAUUAAUACUAAAACAAAUAAAGCAUAAAAUUGAUA